AUGCGAUGCUUCGACACCGCCAAGAUUUACGUCAAGGCUGGGGACGGAGGGCGAGGGAUGGUGGCGUUUCGCCGCGAGGCGUUUGUGGCGCAGGGCGGACCGUACGGCGGCAACGGCGGCAACGGCGGCGCCAUUUACUUCGAGGCGGACGAGGGCAUCAACUCGUUGGUCGGGUUUCGGAAGAAGGUUCACCACCGCGCGGAGCCCGGGGGUAACGGCGGCGGGAAGAAGAUGCAGGGAAGCGACGGCCGCGACCGCACCGUCCUCGUACCCCCCGGCACCGUCGUGAGAAACUCGCAGACGGGCGAGGUCAUCGCCGAGAUGUUCGCGCACGGGCACAGGGAGAUGAUCAUACCGGGCGGGAGGGGCGGGAGGGGCAACGCGUCCUUCAAGACGGCGAAGAACAAGGCUCCGCAGAUUGCCGAGAACGGUGAGGAGGGCAUGGAGAUGUGGGUGGAGAUGGAGCUCAGGCUGGUGGCGGAUGUCGGGAUCAUCGGGGUGCCGAACGCGGGCAAGAGCACGCUGCUCGCAGGCGUGAGCAACGCCAAGCCCAAGAUCGCGGACUACCCCUUCACCACCAUCGUCCCCAACUUGGGGGUCGUCGAGCGCGACUACGCGCGAAUGGUGUUUGCGGAUAUCCCCGGUUUGUUGGAGGGUGCCAGCGAGGGCAUCGGCCUCGGCUUUGAGUUUCUUCGACACGUCAAGCGCACCAGGGUGCUGGUGCACGUGCUGGACUGCACCAGCAAAGACGUCAUGGACGAGUACGAGGCUAUCCGCAACGAGAUUCACCUCUUCGAUCCCGAGGUUGGGGAGAAGCCGGAGAUUGUCGCGCUGAACAAGGUUGACGCCUCCGAGGAAGCCGCGACGAGGGCGCUGGAGCUUCAGGAGGAGUUUCGCGAUUUCGGGAUCGACGCGCACGUCGUCAGCGCCCUGGACGGCUCGGGCGUCGCGGAGCUAGUCACGGCGACGAAGAAAGCGCUCGACGCUCUUCCCCCAGUCGAUUACGAGGCUGAGGCCAGGGCGGCGGAGGCGAGGCGAGGCACGGUGGCGAGAGCCGCCGACGGGAAGGAGCUGAGCGACUUUGAGAUCGUCGACGACCCCUACGCGUUCUACGUCAAGGGCGCUGCGAUCGAGCGGUUCGUGCAAAUGACCAACUGGGACUACUUCGAGUCGUUCAAGAGGUUCGCUCAGGUUCUGAAGAUGUCCGGGGUUGAGCAGGCGCUUAACUCGGCGGGUGCCGGCGAGGGCGAUCGCAUCGUCAUUGGAAAGUACGAGUUUGAGUGGAGCCGCGACAACAGGACGGGGGCCCUGUACGAGUCAUGGAAGGCAAAGAUGGACGAGAAGCCGGCGGGAACCACCCAACAGGGAUCCCGUCACUGGCCCCACGCAGCUGGAUAG